CUCCCCCGAACUCUUUCUGCGUCGCAUACGUCAUGACGUCAUCAACGUUGGCGGUAAUUUAAAACAAACACGGACAUCAGAGUUGUAUUGUUUGUUUUGAAAAACCUUUGAAUUUGGGGAAUAUGGGUGAGGUUCGGGCAGGUGGAGAGGCUGCAGCUCAGCUCUCAGAAGCCGCUCAGUCUGAGCUGCUGGAGCUCUGCGAGGAGCAGUUUGCUCAACUAGAGAAGCUGCAGGAUGAAAUCAUACUGUGUGAACCAGACAUCUGUGCGAGUCCGCAGGAACAGUCAGUAAACAGACUGUUGGCAACCGAUGCUGAACUGAAACAGUGGUUGUCGGUGCAACCAAGCUUGCUCGCUGCUAAUUCUGAAAUUUUACUUGAAGCUGGAAAAGAUGAGAUGCUCAAGCUUUGCUCUGACUUGGAGAUGGUUGUUUCUUGUUGUGAAGCCAAGAGAGACAAACUGAGAGAGACUAAAGAGCUAGAGCAGAAAUGGCUGGAGGAGAAGAAGCAGGUGCUAUUAGCUACCAAUGAUCAUAUUGAACGACUUCGAGUGGAAAAAGAGAAAUUUUCAGAGCAAAACGUCUUUCUGGACACCAAAGCCAAAAUCAAGAAGAUGACGGUUUACCAGGGAAAGCUGAUGGAGUCACUGGGGGACAUCCUGGAGAAGCAUGCUCCUCUCCCUCAGGACGAGUCCAGUGCGAGCAGAAAGAAGAAGAACAUUCCCCAGGAGAUAAAUGAGGACCUUAUUUCCCUCAGUGAAAUCCUGGAGGUUCUCAUGAACAAAGUCAUAAACACACCGCAUGACCCUUACAUUACGUUAGAUCACACAUUCUGGCCACCGUAUGUGGAGAUGCUGCUGCGAUACGGGAUCGCAGUGAGACACAAGGAGAAUAACUUCAAGAUCCGCCUGGAAACCUUUUUCUAACUGGCUGAUCCUUGUUAAUCUUCUCAAACAUAACGUCAGUGUCUUUCAUUUAUGUCUGUUUGAGCCUUGCAGUUAUUUGAUAAUGGUCUAAAGAAGUUAUUUUUUAUUAAAUGUAUUAGUGUUAAAGAUGUUUUCCAUUUAUGUUCCCUUUUAAUUCUCAAUGUAAUUUUUCAGAUGUUCUGUAUCUACAGUGGUCAUGUUCUAUUUUCUACAUAAAUGUUCUUAAAGUUUUUGUAAUUUAACUAAUGUAUAUUGUGCAUGGUGUUCUUCGAGUAGUUAGGGACAUUCCCUUGGUAUUUAGGAGUCAGAUUUUUGGAGGUCUCUGUCUGAAAUGCAGCUUUUCUGGAGCUGCUUGGCAAGCUCUGGUUGGAGCUUGCCAAGCAGCCGGUAGUACAUUAAGCACCAUGUGGGGGUCUUGAGAAGAUCUCCAGAAAACAAAUCAAAUUGUAAAAUGAUUGAUGAUGUUUCUGCUGUAAUUUCUAGAGAAGAAAAAGAAAAAUAGUUCCCGAUGUUGUGAAGUAGUUAAGCUCAUAGCGGGGGUCUGAAAAGUUUGGAAAUGUUUCCUGAGGAGUUGUUAAAAAAAAAGUGCUCAUAUUCGGUGUUCUUUCACUUAAUACGUUCUAAUACGCAGUUUGUAUGUAUUUUGUUAAUAUUUGUUCCUGUAUGGUUUUUUUUUUUUUCUUUAAUAAACUUGACGUUUUCACUUG